AUGGGCCCCUCGAUACGCCGUUCUCGGAAGGAGCUUGGAGGUUAUUAUCAACAUGCACAAAUAGCUGCAGCGUACGAAGACUGUCGGCAGACGUUCGACCAGCUUUCUUUGCUUCUUGAGGCGAAUCGACCGGUAUGGGAGGGCAAUGCCGAUUUCCUCGAAAGCUUCAAGAACAGCUUGGUACAUUGGGCCAACGUCCACCACGCCGAGAAUGGCUCUCUUGACCAUGCUCUGCGUAAGAGCUCAGAUCUGCGUGAUCAAGUGGUCGAUCUCCUUGAGAACUUAAACCAGAAGCUGCAGAAUGGCAAGUCCCAUUGA